AUACAUGAUUCUUUAUUGCCGGCCAAGAUGGUGACAUUCAUGGUAGGAAAUCAACAACGUUUAUAGCUCAUUUAAAUUUUAAGUGAUCAAAAGUUUUUGUGCUCAUUUAACUUGUGGUAUUUCGUAAUUCAUAAUUGAACGAAAAAAAUGUUUUUCGUCGCUUGUUAUUAAGGAAAAUUGUUUGCUUAACAAUGAGAGAAACAAUUUCAAGUUUAAAAGUGGAAGCAUGAAUUGAUUUUGUUUCUUCUGAAUUCGAAAAUGGUAAUGGCUCAAACUCGCAGCAGAAUGUAUAACAUUCUGCGCAGUGCAGUGUCACUAAUAAAUCACUGUUCGCACCGCUGUAACCAAAUCGAGGUUUCGUCAAUUUUCAUGACAAAAAGGCUGCUUCAAACAUCUGUGAAAUGUUGGGAGCAAGAACAAAAACCUAAAACACCUUCGAGAGCUCUUGUACUCCUUUCAUUCGACAAUGUUAAAAAAAAGGAAAAGGAAUCAUUUCUCGAUGUUUUACACACAUACGAGUCCCGUGAACCAGCAAGAAAAGGUCACGUAGAAUUCAUCAAAGUAGCUAUGAAUUACAUGGAUGAAUUUGGAGUUAGCGAAGAUCUCGAAAUCUAUAAAAGAUUGAUAGACAUAAUGCCGAAAGGAAGGUUCAUCUCUAAGUCACCAAUGGCAGCUGAUUUUAUGUAUUAUCCGAAGCAACAACAAAUUAUAAUUGAUUUGUUAGAAAAAAUGGAAACGAACGGCGUGAUUCCUGAUUCUGAAACGGAACUAAUGCUCUUGAAUAUUUUUGGACAAUUUGGUAUUCCUCUACGCAAAUUCUGGCGCAUGAUGUACUGGAUGCCUAAAUUUAGAAAUAGCAAUCCUUGGCCAACACCUCGUCCUGUCCCCGAUGAUGCAAUGGUUCUGGCAAGAUUGGCUAUCGAAAAAAUUUCCAGUGUAGAUGUACAGACGAAAAUAACGGUUUUUCAAACUGAAGAAGUUGCAGACUCCAUCGACAAAACUUGGAUUGUCUCUGCAAUGAGCCCUGAGCAAGAAGAACUCUUACUAGAACACCCAAAGAAUGAAGCCUGUUACGUCGAAGGCCCUUACAAAGUUUGGGUCGCUCAUGUUCCCAUUGAUUAUUUCAUGCUCAGAGCUGAACCUCGAGCUCCUAUUGAUCGAGGGGAUAUCGACGAGGAUGAUAUAUCUCAAAUAAAAGUGGAGUUUUGGAACAACCCGAAGAAUAUGCUCGGUCCGGUCCGCUCGGUUCACGAAGAAGAAGACGCGACAAUUUAUUCCCUCUGCGCGACCGGAACGUCGAGCAAGGAUUCUCUACUCUCGUGGGUUCGUUGUCUGCAACGAAAAAAUCCAGUUCUCGAACAUAUACCGAUUUUGUUCACGUUCACGGGACCGGUGGUGGAUGUUAAAGAGAUCACUGAUGGCAAACCACCUAAAGAAACACCAUCCGACGAAGAGAGCCAACAAACUGGUCGAAUAAAAGACACCUGAUGAGUGUUAAAUUCUUCAUUGUUACAAUAAAAUAUAAUUUUUGUACAUAAACGACUGUAGUAAAAGGAAAACAUGAAUUCCGAAA